GUCGUGAAGGACGACGAAGGGAAGAUGAAAGGGUACUCUGAAGACAUAGACACCCUCCUUGUCUUCGCCGGUCUGUUCUCCGCCAUACUCACCGCCUUCGUUGUCCAGACAUAUCAGAUGCUCCAGCCAUCUAGCACUGACCUCACAAAUCAACUCCUUACUACCAAUAACCAGAUCCUUGCCGAAAACAACCGGAUCCUUGUCCAGGGACUCUCCGCCGUCCUCACCGGAGCUCCCCUCGUCCUCAGUCUCGCUGCCGCCCUGAUAGGGAUCCUGGUCAAGCAAUGGGUGCUUGAGUACAUGCAGUGGAAUUCGACUCUUGCAGCGCCGCGCGAGAAUGUCAUGGUGCGGCAAUUCCGGUUCGAAGCGUGGGAGGCCUGGAAGGUCUCGGCGAUCGUCUCGACGGUGCCG